GUCUUAAUGCUGUAAUGUAACGAUUUUUUACAUUUGUUUUUAUUGUUAUACUAUGGUCAGAUAGUCUGUGUUUAUCCUUCAAAAUUAAAAAUGUCUGGACGCGGCAAAGGCAAAUCCAAAUCUCAAGAAAAGAAAAAGACAAGAUCGUCUCGCGCAGGACUGCAAUUUCCAGUUGGAAGAAUCCACAGACUGCUAAGAAAAGGAAAUUAUGCACAAAGAGUUGGAGCUGGUGCUCCAGUUUAUCUUGCAGCUGUUCUUGAAUAUUUAAGUGCAGAAAUCUUGGAAUUGGCUGGAAAUGCAGCUCGUGAUAAUAAAAAAUCUAGAAUCAUACCCAGACACAUGCAAUUGGCUAUUCGCAAUGAUGAGGAAUUAAACAAGUUGCUGGGAAAUGUGACCAUAGCACAAGGUGGUGUUCUUCCAAACAUCCAAUCUGUUCUUCUCCCAAGGAAAACAGGCGACAAAAAAUCAACAGGAACUUCCUCUCAAUCACAGGAUUUUUAAGCUGUUUGAGGUGACAGCUCACUCAUCCACUGCCUCAAUUUCUUUCUAAUGUUCUUCUCAUGUUUAUUUUCUGGUUUUAUUGGUCGACUUUUGCCUAAUUUCAUUCAUUACAAGUUAUUUCUCAUAAA